CUUGGGCUAAAGUCAACCUCCAAGGAAACGUAAACACAAAUAUGGCCUACAUUAAAUUACAAAGGGUAAAUUACAAAAACCCCCCAAACUUAGGCUAAAUUAUGAAAAAUGCCCCCACCUAUAUGCAAUUACCAAAGUGUGCUUUUUAACGGAAUAUUUUUUAUUAGAGGGAUUACUCACUGAAAAUGCCGAUUCUACCUCUAUAGAUGUGAUUUUUUUAUGCUACUUUUCAAAAGGCAAAAAUUAUCUGCAGGGGUCUUUAGUCUUUACACAAAGUAUUUAUUCUUCUUAAAUAACACAUUCACAACUUUUUAAUAUUGCUAUUACUCCUUUGAGGGUGAUUUUGUUUUUCAAAAGCAACAUAAAUAAUGCCACGUCUGUUGGGAUAAAAUUGGUAUUUUUUGGAAAAUAUGCCCUAGAAAUCAAAAGAUUCCGUGAAGAAUAAUAUCGUAAUGGGGUUGGUAUAAGGCAGAAACAAACUUUAGAAGGAUUUUGGUGAUUAUAGAUAAGCGGGGGCAUUUUUCAUAAUUUAGCCUAAGUUCAGGGGGAUUUUCGUAAUUUUUGUAGUAUCUACAAUACCCACGCCCAACUACCCGAAAACCCUUGCUCGUCAAAAAAACCCUCCUUUCGUCUCCCUCCAUCAAUGGAUUUGAAUGAUCACAUUGAGAAAAUCUUAUGGACCGAACAACAAAUUUCCGAACGGGUCUCUGAACUCGGCUCUCAAAUAACCAAAGACUUCAAAUCCGGUACAAUUGCUCCGGCGAUUGUGGGUGUCGCCACCGGAGCAUUUCUGUUCACGGCCGACCUCGCCAGGAAGAUUCACCUGCCCAUCACUGUGGAUUUCAUCCGGGUCGAAUCAUAUGGGUCGGGCACCGUUUCCAAUGGUCGACCCACGAUUUCGUUCGACCUGAAACUCGACGUCCGAGGAAAGCACGUCAUUCUGGUGGAGGAUAUUGUAGAUACUGGGAGCACUUUGUCCUGUCUUAUUGAUUACAUGAAAACGAAAGGAGCAUCUUCCGUAUCUGUGUGCGCUCUUCUUGAUAAAUCAGCGAGGCGGAAGGUUCAUUUUGAACUUGUUGGUGAAGGAAAGUAUUAUUCUGGCUUUGAGUGCCCGGAUAACUUUGUGGUGGGCUAUGGACUGGACUUUGAUGAAGUGUACCGGAAUUUGCCGUAUGUCGGAGUGUUGAAGCCUGAAAUUUACCAGUGAUGUUUCCUUCCAACUUUCGAACAUACACACAUCAU